AUGUAGCUAACAAAACAAACCAGCUAAAACCAAAUCAAAUAACCAAUACAAAAUAUAAAGACUCAUUUGAGUGUUUCAGAAGAUCCUGUUUUAGUACCAUAAGAAGGAAAUUAAUAGCCAGAAAAUUUUGUAAAUUUAUAUUUUAACUGUAGCCUUUAAACUCUACAUAGAAAAUACCAGAUCCAUUACAAGUUGAUUAAGAAUAAAAGGCUUAAUUUUCAAUUAGUAGAUACUUUAAACCUACUCCUGACCCUAUACUAGUUUGGGAACCUCAUAAAGAUAAAAUAUUACUUAGUGAGCUAUAAGAGGUGAUUGAAAAUCGCUUUAACGAGGUUAAGAGAAAAUCAAGCAUUUAUAAAUACUAUACGAAAAUAGGAUUUCAAGUCUUUAUAUAUGUGUUAAAUAUUCUUGAACUUAUCUUUACAUUAAGUUACAAUUCAUAUAAUGGACUUUAUGAUGAAUUUAGUUCCUGCUAUGUAAUUUCUAUACUUUUUAGUGUUCUACUUCAUUGUGGAGUUUGGAUGUACACUUAUAAAUUCAGGGAAGUUGAAAAAAAAAGCGGGUUCUUUGAUACUGUGAACUAUAUAUACUACCUGUUUAUCGGAGCGUUUAGUUUUUUUAAAUUAGCCCCCUUUAUUUAUUAUUUUAAAAGAGAUAAAUCAAUCAGAUAGUUUUCAUUUAGUGAAAUUAAUAAAUAUUUGUAAUUAAGUGGGGAUGAUAAAUUAAGAAAUCCAUGUAUACUUUUUAAAGAAAGAAUAAAACCUGUAAAUAUCUUUAGGGAUUUAAUAUUCCAUAGAGUUGCUCUUGUCUCAAUGAUGAUUACAAUGACUAUUCAAACUAUUCCUUAAAUCUUUAUAUAAGGCUUUUUUAAUACUUUAGGAGAUAGAUGGGAUGGAUUUAAUACGAUUAGUUUUUUAUUAUUAAUUAGUAAUUUAAUAUAUUACUUUUCGGAACUAUAAUUUAUAGUAUUCACUACAACCUAUAGAUAAAUGCAGACAGAACUAUUAUUUAAAUUAUAGAAAAUCAAAUUAAAGACUAUUUAAGAAACAAAACAAUUAAUAAAAACUGAUCUAAAAUAUAUUGAAUUUGUUUAAUCUUUUUUUUUUCAUAUUGAUCCAAUUAAGUUCAGUUCUUAUUAAAAGAAAAGAUGUAUGAUUUAAAUAUUAAGUUUUUUGAUUAAGUAAAAAAAAUUAAAAAAUAUUGAAUUUCAUUUUAUUGAUUAAUAUGAUGAAGUUACCUUAUAAUAUUUAGCUAAUUGUUUUAAAUUAAUUAAAGUAGAAUAAAUAAGUCUUUUAUAUCAUGAUUAAAAUCGCGAAAAUUUCUUGUAGAGUAUAUUUAGGGAUAUUCCAAAUUUAACACUUUCAAAAUAAAACCAAUUAAAUCUAGAUAUUUUAUGGGAUAAUGAUGUUCUUAAUACUGAUGCAGAAUCUGAGACAGUAAAAUAGAUAUAAUUUAUCGAAAAUCCAAAAAUGACUACAGGUUUUAAACCCAUACCAAAGAAAUGGAAUGAUAAGUUUAAUUUUUCAUUCAUGACUAAAGAAUUUUAAUAACUGAUGUCAAUCCACCAAAAAGGAUCAUUAACACUAAGUAAAAGAGUUAGUGUUAAUUAAUCAUAAAUAAUUGAUUAAAAUAUAGAAGGAAAUCAAGAAACAACUUCACAAAUUAUUGAUGAAGCAAAAACUCAAAUUGCUUAGAUAACCAAAAGAGAUCUUUUUUAAGAAAAAAUUGGGAAUAUUUAAUCAUUAAUGAGUUUGUAUGAUUAUUAUGAAACCUGGACAAAAUUGAAUUCAUUUUAAGCAGCUAUUUAGACUAUUUCAUCAUUUUUUAAUGGGCUCUUAUAAAUUAUUUCUCUAAUAUUUUUGAAUAAUGGAGAUGAUAUAUUCAUUUAUGCAUUAAUUGUAUUAACUAUAGUCAAUCCAAUGUUGUAGAUGGGAUCAUUUGCAAUAUUUUAACAUCGUGUAUUUAAAAAUUUUUCCACUUUAAGAUAACUGUUUUAUAUUCUGUUAUUUGCAAUAUUUAACUUUUUUAAGAUAUGGGAUAUAGUUAUGAUUUGUUUAUAUUUAUGUGUAAACUAAUUCUCUAAUGCAGUAUAAAGAGACUUUAGUUCUGAAGGAUACAUAAAAUUCAAGAGUUAUGCUUCAAAAUUUUAAGGUAGCUUAGCAACUUAAGUUUUUAAAUAUGAUACUGUAUAAGUUGAUCCAAAGAACAUUUUAUAAAUUAAGAAUUAGCCAUUCUAUUAGGCUGUAAUGUGGAGAACCAAUGUAGAAGAAGCCUUAAAUAAAAUUCCUUAGUUCUUUAUCUAUAUAUUAUCUCUAUUUUUAAAUAAGAAUCCAGAUUCAUUAUGGAUUUUCUCUUUCUUUCAACAACUAAAAGAAGGUAUAUAGGCAGUAAAAGAUAUACUAGAAAUUGUUAUUAAAGACUAUUUUAUUCCAGCUUUAAUUUUAGGUACAGAUUCAGUCGACUAAUUCUUUUAAUCUAUGUUAUAUUUGGGCUCAAUAUCAAAUUAAAUAUUAUUGGAAUAUCCUAAAUCCUUUUAAAUUAUGUCAAAAGUCUCAGAAGAGCAUCUAAAAUAGAAACUAACCUUUAAAAUUAAUUUGAAAACCUUAAGAUUUACCAAUUAUGAAGAUUUAAAAAAGAAGAAGAUGUUAGCUUAGUUUAGGUUAGUGCUUGCUUCUUUACAAAACAGUUUAGAAAUAGAUUAAGCAUAAAGAUUAUGUAGUUUGGGACCUGAAUUAAAAGAUUUUGUAAGAUGUUUAAAAGUCAGUCCUAUUUAUUAAAUAAAAUUGAAUUUUUAUUAUGACGAUAUUGGUCCUGACCUAAAUGCUCAUCUUAAUACAUUUGUUAGAAUUUGCCCCAAAAAAUUACAAUUCUUAUAAAUUCAAAUAGAAGCUUCUACUGUACAAUAAAUGGAAAUUUUUGUAGAAAGAAAUGAUUAUUUAACAGCUUUUUCUUAUUCAUAUUUCUAAAUUAUACAAUAAUACAGAGGUACCUCUGAAGUAGCUUAAUAAUAAAACUUGAAUAUUGAUUAAGAUUUUUUAAAGUUAGAUCGGUAUGAUUUUGAUUAAUUUUAUUUCGAAGUUUCUGGUAAUCUUAAUUUAAAUAAUUGUCAUUAUCUAUUUGAAAAGUUCACCUAAUUGAAAGUAUUCAAGGCAUUUAUUGUAAAUUAUUCAGCCAUUCAGACUUUUGAAUUUACUACCAAUCUAUAAAGUAAGUAAUUAGAAUUUUUGGAUAUUACUUUUGAAAAUAUUUCAUUAGAUUUUUAAUAAUACCCUUUUGCAAACCUAAAAAUAAUAAAAAUGGUUUUGAUAAGGUGUGAGUUUGACAUUGAUAAACUUUAGGAAAUAUUAAAUAAUCUUAGCUAUAACACAAAUGUAGUUCAUAUAGAUAUCUCACGAUGUUUGUAACACUUUACAACAAAUUAAAGGAGAGAUUUGAUAAGAAAGCUAGAAGGAUAAAACAUAGAUAUUGUUAUAAAAAUGUGA